AUGUUGGAUACAUUUGGGACGCAGAGUGUGGACCUCCAGCUCAAACUGACGGACAACAAGAGCAGCCUGGCCUCAGCAGGGAUGGGGAUGGAGAACGGGACAGGGAAGAAACUCAUGGAGAUAACUGGUCCGGCUUUAUCCAAAAGAAAACUGCUGGUCGGCUUGGACCUCCUCUGCCUCUGCCUGGCUUCCAUCCCUUUCUUUGCAUGUGAGCUGAAGGCAUUGAGUCCUUACAGGAGGGGCUUCAUGUGCGGAGACCCCAGCAUCACCUAUCCUUAUCUGCAUCGAGAGGCCAUACCGGACGAGUUACUCAUCGCCGGUGGCAUCGUCAUCACAGGCCUCACUAUUGCCAUCGGGGAGUGUUACCGAGUUCGUUUCAGAGGUGUCAGCUCCAAGGCCUUUGUGAGGAACCUGUAUGUGUCCUGUCUGUACAAGGAGCUGGGCUGCUUCCUGUUUGGCUGCUGUGUCGGCCAAUCGCUGACCAACAUGGCCAAGCUGAGUGUCGGGCGGCUGCGACCGCACUUCCUGUCUGUGUGCGGUGUCACCUAUGCAUCGCUUAACUGCACACCUGGAACCUACGUUUCAACAGUGAGCUGCCGCCAGCCCGACCACCGGUUGGAGGAGGAGGCCAGGAAGUCCUUCUUCUCUGGUCACGCUUCCUUUGCGAUGUACACAAUGCUCUAUUUAGCAUUUUACCUUCAGGCGCGGUUGACAUGGCGCGGGGCUCGGCUGCUUAGGCCGGCUCUGCAGUUCUUCCUGGUUCUGCUGGCGGUCUACACAGGUCUGACCCGUAUCUCAGACUACAGGCACCACCCGUCCGACGUGAUAACAGGCUACAUUCAGGGAGCGCUCACUGCUUACUGGGUGGCCUUCCACAUCUCGUCCAUGUUUAAAAGCCAUAGUUCAGAUCUGUCUCCGACUGAGACCCUGGACAGCCCCUUGUCGCCGCACCACACCGUCUGCUAAACCUCACCUCCACAAACCCCUUUGUGCUCAAACAUCCACCUGUUGCCUGUAGUUUACCUUGGAUGGACAAGAAAUUUGAAGAAUGUGCGACCAUUUCCUGUGAAGCCAAACCACAUACCUCAUAUGGACAGUGUGUGACGGAGAGAGAGGGAGAGUAGAGCUUGUGAGAUACUGUAUGUGGCUCAAAAGACAAAAUGGAAGAGGGAGGGUGCUGAAAACGAUACUGGCUGCUUGGCUGGAGCCUGUUAUUUUUGUCCAUGUGACUGACCUUAGCUUCACAUGUGAUACUUACCUGUGAGAUGAGACGACAGCAACCACUACUACUCUAUACUUUACCUGUAAAUAUAUACAGAUUUUGUACAUUUCAAAUGAUACUGUAAAAGCACUUUUUGAUUUCCAUGUUAGUAUUAUUAAUUAACACUUUGUAAUAAUGUGCUACGUAGAAUGUAAUAUAUUUUAUACGAACAUGUAAUAUAAAUUGUAUUGUAGCUCUUUUCUUUUUUUACAUAAACCCAGUGAAUGUAAUGGUGUUGAAGGAAAGCACAAUUAGCGAGAAAGCAACUCUGUUUCUUAAUGCAUUGUAUCCUUUAGAUGUGGCAGGAUGUGGCAGUCCUGCUGUGUGCACUCAGUGUGUUGUAUACAUAGUUCAAUAAAGACAGAAUGACUGUGAGGAUGUCUACACGAUAGAUAUAAUCAUGUCAGACGCUAUUAGCUCUCCGACUUUUUCUAUAAUGCUAGAGUAUGUUGCUUGACUACUUACCACUCC